CAACAUCAGCAGCAGCAGCAGCAGCAGCAGCACCAGCAGCAGUAGCGACAAUAGUGGCGACGAGGACGACGACGAGGAGGACGGUGGUGGCGGUGACGUUGGUGGCGAUGUCACGAACAACCCCACCAAUACACCCUCAACAUCGCCGUCCAUGCGAAUCGUAAAGUACGUAGACUCGGGGCUGGUUAUCAGAGUGCUGGUGGUGCAUAACCGGCUGGUGGUGCCGCCGGUGUGUUCUCCUGCUCGCAGUGCCGAGAAAUCCACCCUCCUUCGUGGAGGCAUACCCUCCACCUUUCGUCGUACCUACCCCUCUCUAUUCCGUUCCCACUACCUCCUCCGACGGGAUAUCCACGUCCCUUUUACCCUCCCUCGUCGAAACGCUCGUUCGCUUCUACAACGAUACGAGAGGGCGCUCCCCUCUCUUUCGAUGUGCGCGGUACCCGAGCCUCGGAAAUUCUGAAAGCGUUUCGCGCCUGUGCGACCGGCGCGGGGGUGGCAAGGGACCGAAAAUCGAGGUGAAAGGAAACUCCGCGGAUCCGGCCUAAGGGUCUCUCCUAGGGCUGGUGCGUAUCGGUUCUAGGCGAUUUCGACGUGUCUUUGUCGUACGAAGAAGAAGGAAAAAAAAAAACGAAGUCUAACCAACUAUCUCGUUACACGUACGAUCGAAGUCCGCGUUUUCAACCCCCUCCGUCGUUUUACGUGUGUGUACCAUCUAACGUGUAAACACACGUACGUUUGCGUGUUCCAUUGGCGAGAUACGGUGUACAGUGUGACAGACACAUCGCGAUACAAACGGAUUAUACAUAUCGUCUGAAUAUCGUGUAGACCUCCUUUCCCUCCAACUUCUCUGUGCCGAUUCGACGGAAGAGCCGAGCUCGCUCGGCUAAGGAACAACGAACCGAGGGAGAAGAGAGGACAUUUACACGAGACGUCCGAUACCAGACGACGACUCGACGGACUCCGUUCGAUCGUGGUAGUGGUGGUGGUUUCUUCCUUCGUGUGACACACUUUUGUCGUCAGAGAAGAGAAACUCUCUUUUUCUUUCUCUCUUUCUCUAUUUCUGGUGGCUCAUCCAAAAGGAGAAGACUAGGCGGACUGGAUAUAUCAGUCCCGUGUGCGUAGAACAUCGCAAGUGAGAGUUUACUGUGUAUCGUGAGAGUGAACAGUGAUAGGAAAGGGUUGUUUGGUGCUUGACUGAGGGAAAACUCGAUUUCUUUCGAACAAGUGAAUCCGUUGCCACCUAGAAACUGGCCAGGAUUUACGAUCAAAGACCAUCGUGGAUCGUGAAUACGGGGGUAUCAUGUAUCCCCGAUUGCAACCCUCCUUUGAGGGUUAAAUCAACGAUUUUAACCGUCGGCUUUGCUGUGCUACAACCUACGCCACGGUGUGUAAUUGUACACUGGAACUAGACGGAAGUUCACUUUCUUAAGGACUACCGAUUUCGGCGCAAGAUCUGGUCCCACUGAGGACUAACCGUGUACCACAUCCCCGCGCUGAAAGAGGACCUGAAACCUCGCAAGGAUGCGGGACCGGCUAUCGUGGUACAUGGUCUUUUUGAUCCUGCCGACAAUCCUCUUGGCCAGGUCGCUCGAUAAAGACCGACGAGUACCUUACAGCAUACCGUCGGAUUGGAAGACCCUGUGGUUCAGCAAUCUGGAUGAGCUGCAAAGAGUGAACGAUGCGAACGAUAACAACACCGUCUCGAACGUCACGGUGCAGUUGGGAGGGACAGCCUUUUUGCAUUGCAAAGUUCGCAAUUUGGCCGAAAGAACGGUGUCCGACGCCGAGAUAUCCUGGAUACGACGACGUGAUUUCCACAUCCUAACCAGCUCCAUGUUCACGUACACGAACGACGAGCGGUUUCAGGUUUUGCAUCCAGAGGGUUCCGACGAUUGGACGCUUCAAAUCAAGUACGUUCAAGAAAGAGACAACGGGACUUACGAGUGUCAGGUCUCGAGAAGUACAGGGAUACUAUCACACUUUGUCAAUCUAAACAUAGUUAUACCAGAAGCAUUUAUAUUAGGGAGCGGCGAGCAUCACGUCGAUGUAGGAUCCAUUAUAAAUCUCGUAUGCAUAAUAGAAAAGAGUCCGACACCGCCGCAAUAUGUCUUCUGGUAUCAUAAUAAUCGAAUGAUAAAUUAUGACACUACGCGAGGCAGCGUAACCGUACAAACUGAUCCCAGCUCGACUCAAAGUCGGCUGACGAUUCACCAAGCAGUGGAAACGGACACUGGCAAUUAUACGUGCAGCGCCUCGAAUACCAAGCCAGCAUCCAUCUAUGUCUUUGUCACAGAAGGUGACAAAAUGGCAGCCAUACAGCGCCGUAAAACAUCGGCCGCAGAGAAAAAUUUCUGUGAAUUGCUAGUACUACUUGUCACCGUUGCGAUAGAGGUCGUUUUAACGCGAUAAGCGUUUCUCUUCGAUAUGUCCAUAAUUAUUAUACCGUUACUUCCGUUUGUGAUAGAUAGGCUACUAUUCUGCGAUUUUAACCCUCUAUUCACUCUCCUUCUUUCCCUUUAAAUGCCUGAACAUCGACAUUAUCAUACGUGACUUCUCGUUUCCUUCUAUCUCUUCAGUUCUUCCUCAUCAUUUUUUAUCUUCAACGCUCCCGCCCGUAUCAUCUCUGUAAUUUCACUUUCCUUUACCACGUUUUAUUGGCUGUUUAACAUAAUUCUUAUACCUCCCUUUAUCAUGUUUUUCUCAUUGUAACUUCGCUUUUUAUUUUCAAUUUCGUCGCCGAGGUUGCCGCCGGCUGAAUUAUUUCAACAUACGAGAUUUUCAUGGUAGAUUGUUCUGCGUGUUCUGGAUCCACAUCGUUACGUGCGCCUGAAAUUGUAGAUAUAUUAGUGGUUAAUUGGACAGUUUCUCUCUCUCUUUCUCUUUCUCUCACCUCUCUUUCACCCUCCACCUUCACCCUCCAUCAGUAAUCAAUUUCUAACCGAAAGACGAAUUGAAAAAAAUUUUAAUUGGAUAGAAAGAACGUUUGAAUUUUUAUCCCAAGAAUUAAAUAAUAAAGCAAUACCUAUAAGCAUUAUUGUCUAAAUGUACAAAAUAAGAAAUUUUUUUCUCGCUCUCAUCAUUUUUUUUAAAUAUCGAAAAUAGGAAACAAUAAUGAUCUUUACAUCAACAUCUUUGCAAAACCGGCGGCAAAUUGUUUCUCGGUUAAAAAUCUAACGCAACGUCUUUUAGAAGCAAUACUGAUAUACAUACACAUAUGUACUGCGUGUACCAUUGGUGGUCGCGUUUGCUCUCUUUGAACUAGCAAUAAACUUCGAAUCGGUUUUGAUAGUCGUCAGAGCAACAAUUCUAUGCCGUGGCAAUUUUCCCAAAGUUUUGCUUUCAUUCAGCCCCGCGAGAUACGGAAACAGACAGGAGCGUGCGUGAAUCAAAGUUUGAAAUUGAUAGUGUUGCCAAGUAUCGCCUCGAAUUUCCGAAAGUUCGCGUAUAUCCUUUGCUAACCCUCGGCCCUACCACCAUGAUUCUCGUAUCUUCUCCUAUAAUUAAUCACCACUUAGGAGGUUUCAGUUCCAUUUUAUCGACUUCGAUUCCGAACCGACUUUAGUAGUUUCAAGCGUGCAAAACCUUAGAUCAAUACUCCGCGCACACGCCGUUAUUAUUGUUCGCGACGAUUUAUUUAAAAAAAAAAAAGAGAAAAAAAAUUGUGAAUCAUCUCGUUAAUCGAUAAGAGCCGAGGGUGAGACAGAUUCCGAUUUCAUUUAACCAACGUUUCGUCUGCAUUUGCCUCGGGAUUAUUUUUCAAAAUCAAAUACAAACGUUACAUAUCGUAAAUGAAUAUUCUUUGAUUAAAAUUUUUUAUUAAACGUAACAUAGAAUUUUAAAACGAAAGAGAAAAAAAGGAAUGAAAAAUGAAGAACUUGAAAUGCGGACGAAAAGUUACAACAGGGAUCAAAUAACAAAUAUUGUAUCUAGAAGAGUACGUAGUUCUCGAGUUUGAUAAAAUCCAGAAAUAGCGAAGAAAAAAAUGAAACUGCCAUAUAUUGUUUCAAAUAAGACAUUCGAGAUAAGUUUGAAUUUUACAAUUCCUCGAAAUAAGCCUGCGUACAGUUAAGUAGAAGCUUUCGAAAAAUAUGUACAAUGCGUUUGGUCUUAUUACACGUAACAACUCACGUGAAAUAUAAUCGCGUGACAGCGGUAUCGAUUAAAGGGAAAAAGUAGACGAUGAACGAGAAUAAGAAAAAGCAUGAUAAAAGAAGUCACGACACACCAGCUUAUUUCGGAUCGAUUCGUUAGCUCGCUUUUUUAUUUUCUCUUCCUUUCUUUACAUUGUUAAUUCAUCGUCGCACGGAACCCUUUGCGGAAAACACCCUCCUAAAUACUUUCCCCAGUGGCGCGAGCAUAAUCAACUAGAGGGGAUCAAGAAAUUUCCAAAAUAUUCCGAGACUUUUAAUUUUUUAUAGAACGGUCAACUGACCCUUCUGGACCUCCCUAAUUGCGCCACUAUACUACCCCCUCAAAUUUUUGUCACGUAACACACCGAAAUACGGUAUGAAAGAGAAUAGUCAAUCGUAGGUAUUUAAUAAUUCAUGAUUCACGAUUUAUUAAAGAAACAAUUAGUCUAAUAUAGGGAAGAGAAACGCGUUAAGAGGGUAAUCGAAAAGAACGAUCCACUCUUGAAGAUUCUUGUAUACCACUUGAGUUUCUCGAGUACGAAGGUAAUCAUACAAGAGAAAGAGAGAGAUAAUAAACCUAUCAACAAUUUGAUCUCUUUCAGGAUAAGCAACAAGUUAAAUAGAAACGUAAGAUCCGUAGGAUAAUAGAUAAUAAGACUUUAAUACUCGAAAAGAAAUUCGAUCUGCGACGCGUUCUGCGUGUAAUAUCUCAACAUCGAUUAAUAGUAAUAUCUGCCAUAGAAAAUCUCUGUGUAUUUCCGCGUCACGCGUGCAUUUCUCUCCGAUCUAACAUCUCUGUAAAUUAAUUAAUUUUCACUGCGUCAAAUUUAUACGCCGACCCCUUGGUUUCGAUUAUACUUUAAUUGUAGUCGUAAAGAUCUCAACACGUAGACGUUAAAAAUAACUCGAAUGACGAAAGAUAAAUUUGGUACGUUGCUUAACGUUCGCCCGCCUUUUUACGAAUUUUGUGCCCUUACUUCGAACAAUUAUUCGCAAGAUCCGUUGAAAUCGAAUUUUAAUAAAAAUCCACAAUUGAAAUAUCGACUGUUUGGUGUCUGUAUUAUGCUCUGUCGUAUUCUCAUCAACCAUAUAGCGAACAAAACGAUAAAGGGGAAAGAAAAUAAGAACGGAAGGAAAGAAGUGAAGAAACGUCUAGAAGUAAAAAUCUUGAACCACGUAGCAAUUAUAUCUUCGUUAAGGUCUCGAUGACAAUAUUUUUUAGUUCCGUAAACACACCGAAAAGUAAAAAAAAAAAAAUAAAAAAUAAAAAAACUGCUAUACACGCGCGUGUAAUUUACACACACACGUGCGUGCGUGGUUGCAUGCGUGUAAUAUAUAAGUCUGAUUAUUAUUAUAAAGACCAAUUACGUCGUCCUAAUUAUAAACAAACUGCUCGUCUGUAGAUGGUUCACGAUUAAAAAAAAAACAAGAAACUGGGUUGCGUGUUUAACAAUGGCAUGUAUGUAUAUUUACUUCGUCAAAAAGAGAAUUUAGACGAGAUGACAGACGUUUAUUAUCGAUCAAACGUUUGUCGUUAAAAUUUCUUUGUAAUGUGAAGAUAUAAGAACGUAUAUACAAGAACACGUAUACGUAAAACAUGAAAAAGAAAAAACUCAAUUCGUAUCGCCUCUAUUUGCUUCCCUUCGAAAUCAGUUGUCGCAACAACCCUUAAACCAUCUUAUUAGAAUCAUUUGAAUGGAGAUACUCGUUUGCGACAUUAUCGUCGUGUCGUACGUGCGAAAUUGGUUUUACUCGAUCGUAUCAAUGAAGCCAAGUAAAGCCGAUCAAAUAAACUUACACGAGUUAAAACGUCAGGAGUGGCUCUGUUCGCGAUAAAACGGUAUUGCCAAGUUUCCAAUCGGCUUUACUUCUCUUUUUUGUCAUGUUUAACCGCUAAAAACAAUCCUUCAGAACUGUCCUUGUGAUCUGACGAAACGCACCAAAGGUGAGUUCGUUGAAAAAAAAAAGAAAAAAAAAUCUACACGAAUUUCAAUAAAGCUGCAGAGUCUUUAGCCGAUGCAUUCUAACGUUCAUUACGACGGGGAAGUUUGUUAACUUCUUAAUGAUCCUUGGAUCCCUUACGUUUCAUUUCAAUCAAGGAUAAAUGGGAACUGAUUCAACUGAAUACACUUAUCAGUUCUGAUUGUGCUUCUUUUUUAGGUAAAGGAUAUGGAUUGAUAAAUAUAACGGGUAGAGAGA